AUGCAAGUAUUGCAAGAGCUAAAUGAAAGCUCCUCCUUUUUGCAACCUUUGUCCUUCACACUGCUGGCCAUUUUCCUCAUCUUCCUAUACACAUGGUACUCUUCCACUAAAACCGCCACCCAAAAAUCAUCACCACCAACUUCUCCACCAAAGCUACCUAUCAUUGGAAACCUUCACCAGAUAGGCUCGUCCCCUCAUCGCUCACUUCAAGCCUUGUCCCAACGCCAUGGCCCUCUCAUGCUUCUUCACUUUGGAAGUGUCCCGGUGCUUCUUGUGUCUUCAGCUGAGGCAGCCCGGGAGAUCUUGAAAACUCAUGACCUCGCGUUUUCUAGUCGACCCAAGUCCACCAUCUUUGGGAAGCUACUCUACAACCACAAAGAUGUCGCAAGCGCGCCGUAUGGUGAGUAUUGGAGGCUGGGUUGGUAUAAAGGGUAUCAUCUUGACAUGUUUGGUGCUGGCACUGAUACCACAUAUACGGCCUUAGAGUGGACAAUGACUGAGCUUUUAAGGCAUCCAAGGGUCAUGAACAAAUUGCAGAAUGAGGUAAGGGGAAUAGUUGGAAACAAAACAGACGUAAUUACAGAGGAUGAUUUGGUUGAAAUGCACUACUUGAAGGCAGUGACGAAGGAGACUCUUCGCUUACAUCCACCACUUCCACUACUAUUUCCCAGGAUGUCAACCCGAGACGUGGAAGUAAAUGGCUACAACAUUAAAGCCAACACACAAGUUUUCAUCAACGCAUGGAAAAUUGGAAGAGAUCCCAAGCUGUAUGACAACCCAGAGGAGUAUGAGCCAGAAAGGUUCUUGAAUAGUGGUAUAGAUUACAAAGGGAAUGACUUUCAAUUGAUUCCAUUUGGACCUGGUAGGAGGGUCUGCCCAGGACUUCAGUUUGCCAUGGCUAUUAAUGAAAUUGCCUUAGCAAACAUCGUGCACAAGUUCGACUGGGCAUUGCCCGGCGAAGCAAGUGGGGAGGAUUUACACAUGACAGAAAACCAUUGGCUUAACCUCACAUAG